AAAACAGCAACUUAAUUACAGAGUAGAAAUAGAAACUGCAACUGUACAGACAGACAUGGGACUUAAAACUCUUCCAUUAUCACCUUCACAAAAUUAUUUCCUUCCGCAAAGAAUCUUGUCUGAAAACAGAUUUGUAAGAAACUCUAACGUUGUCAAGGUUUUUGCUGCUAAAGCAGAGAAUGAUAAUGAGGAGGAGACAAAGAAGAACAAGCAAUCUUUGUUCAGUAGUAUAACUGAAGCUCUAGAUUUCUCACAAGUUCGGUCCGCUAAAGAUGCUGAACUUCUUGAGGAGGCAAGAGAAAACACCAAUUCUGGUGGAAAAAUGACCAGAGAACAGUAUGGUGCUCUUAGAAGGAAAAUUGGAGGGACAUACAAGGAUUUCUUCAAGUCUUACGUUGAGGUGGAUGGGGAGUAUGUGGAAGAAGGUUGGGUAGACAAAACAUGCAAGGUAUGCAAAAAAGACACUAGAGGUGAGGCAAGGCAAGUUGACAAGCUUGGAAGAUAUGUUCAUGUGGCUUGUCUAAAUAAGCCCAAUUCUGGCAACUUUUUUACAAGACUUUUCUCUUGAUGAAUUUCAAUGUAAUGCUGCCAAAUCAAAUUAUUAUUUUUUUUUCCUUUUCAUGAUUAUAUGGUUUUGUGGAAGAGAAAACUUGUACAAUUUACAAGGUUGAAGAUUUCCAAUUGUAACGCUUCGAUGAUUAAUGUUAAAUCUUUUCACACUUGUAAGUUGUUCUUUUUUUUUUUGAUGAAUUUGUAAGUUGUAAUAUAACACCAAUGAAAAUCAGUUUGCUUCUCACUA